AUGGAGGAUCCUCAGAUCCAGCUGGUAGAAUACCAGGGAGAGAAUCACCAUGUUGUCAAGGAAGGGUUGGCGAAGAUUCUCAACCCGCCUGCUCAACAGGCUGCUUCCAAGGGAACAAAGAAGGAUCUCAAAAGCGACGACCAAGUGCAAUCCGUUUUCUACAACCCAAUUCAACAAUUUAAUCGCGACCUUAGCGUGUUAGCCAUUCGCGCUUAUGGAGAACAUAUCAUCGACCUAAAGAAACAAAAAGCGGCUCAGAAGCUGAAGAAGCAAGCAGGCACUGGGGAAAAGAAACGGAAGCGUGAAGACGACCAGACUGAGAAGCCGAGGCCCGCCCCAAACGCAGAACACAACCAAGACACAGAGACAAUCGACCAGCCAGUCCCAGCUCUGCCGGCUGAUCAAGAACCUAAAUCAGAAGUCCGAGCAGAGCAAUCCGCGGGUUCUUUCACCGUUCUUGACGCUCUGUCUGCAACUGGACUGCGCGCUCUUCGCUAUGCCUCGGAGCUCCCAUUUGUCACAAAGGUCGUGGCCAAUGACCUGUCAAAGUCGGCAAUUAAAUCCAUGAAGAAGAACAUCGAAUACAACAAUCUCAAAACGAUUCAACCCAAUUUGGCCGACGCUCGAGUUUACAUGUAUGGACUUGACAACGCGAGCAAGUUCGACGUCAUUGAUUUGGAUCCAUAUGGUACGGCAGCUCCAUUCAUAGAUGCUGCAGUGCAGGCAGCCAAAGACGGUGGCCUUUUGUGUGUUACUUGCACUGAUGCCGGUGUUUGGGCCUCAACUGGCUAUUCGGAAAAAUCAUUCUCUCUGUACGGUGGUAUCCCCAUGAAAGGCCUCCAAUCCCACGAGGGUGGUCUGCGAUUGAUCUUGAAUUCCCUUGCCAUGUCCGCAGGUAAGUAUGGAGUGGCCAUCGAGCCAUUAUUGUCUCUGUCUAUCGACUUUUACGCUCGCGUCUUUAUUCGAGUCUAUCAAUCUCCCGCACAGGUCAAAUUUACGGCGGGCAAAACGAUGCUCGUCUACAAUUGCGAUUCUGGAUGUGGCGCAUGGACAACGCAACCCAUCGGCUCUACGAAAUCCAAAAUGGACCGCAAGGGAAACCCCAUAUACCACCACGGCCUGACUAAGGGGCCAACAGCCGGACCGCACUGCGAGCAUUGCGGUACAAAAACACAUCUUGCAGGACCCAUGUGGGGCGGUCCGCUACACAACCCUCAAUUUAUCCAAAAAAUCUUGGACAUGCUUCCUGGAGCCGAUCCCGAAACAUAUCAGACCUGUGCUCGCAUUGAGGGAAUGUUGACUACAGCCCUUGAAGAGGAUCUGGACUUAUCACCGCCUAGCUCGGAGCCAUCUGCCCUCAAAGAAUCCGGACCAAGCACAAAGAACCAGUAUGAUCCUGCAUACCCUGCCAUCAUUCCUCGAAUGGACGUUGCUGCUCAGGAAAAAUACCCUUUCUUCUUCUCAAUCAGUGCUCUCGCCAAGGUUAUUCACACAACAACCCCUCCGAUCGACGAGUUCCGCGGUGCCCUUUGCCAUCUCGGAUAUCGCUCCACUCGCAGCCACGCCAGGCCAAACUCAAUCCGCACCGAUGCGCCCUGGGAGGUGGUCUGGGAGAUCAUGCGCGAGUGGGCCCGUCAGAGAUCACCUAUUAAGGAAACUUCCUUGAAGCCUAGGACCGCCGGCGCUGCGAUCAUGAGCAAGAGCCGCGAAAACCUGCGUAAAAUGGACGAUGAAGAUCAAUGGUUAUCACUUCUCAAACAGGAUCUGAUGUCUGCCGUUGAGGCUGGCAAAGAUGUCAGCGAUUUGGUUACUAAAGUUGAAGCUGCUCUCUACCGGUCCGGGUCGCGAAACCCCGGACAAAAUGCUCCUGCUUCUGCAGAUAGUCACCCCAAUGCUGAUGCUGCUGCCGACCCCCAGCCUAGACUGGAGAAGUCACCUGCACACCCCUCCCAGCGCGCUCAUCCUAGUACCCUUGAGGUGGUCUUUGAUGAGGAUCUAGGCCGCCAAGUGUCUGCUGCGCAUACCAAGAAACGACUGGUGCGGUACCAGCUCAACCCUCGUGCUAACUGGGGUCCUCUCAACCGUGCCGGACGAUCAUAA